AUGCUGCUCCGCUCAGGCCAUAAAAAGCCAUAUGAAGUGUCCCGCCAUCGAAGGCAGUCUCUUAAGAAGCAACCUGUGCUUAGAAAAAUGAAAACACUUCCUGGAAAUUCAGGCUUCUGCGCGAAAUCUUGCUCUGGCUCCGACUUCCCACUGGGCUCUAUUCCCUACUUGUUUAGUCUGCGACAAACAGUGAAAUGUUAUAUACUAACUGAAGAUUCAAAAACAGUGCAUUUUGACAUAGAUGAAGACGGUCAUCCUGAAAUAUCAAUCAAGGAUUCACAGUCCCAUGAAGACAUUGCGUGGUUAAGCGUGUUUACGAGGAAUGAAUCAGAAGUUAAUGAUUCUAAAAAUUUGGUGAGCCUUACUCAGAGAUCAAAGCUUAAUGAAUUUGUCCUAUUGUGCAACGGUAAGAAGCACCUCUCUCUGAAGGUCUUAAAAGCAUCCUGUUCGGAGCCAGAUUAUCCUUCAGUGGAAAGGUGCAACAUGAAAACACGCAACCAUGAAGAUCCUGACUUCAAACAGCUGAAUGACGAUAAUAACUUUUUCAUCAUGCAUUACCAAGGAGAUUCAGUACAGUUCCAAUGCUAUGAAGACAGAAGUUACUAUCUGCAUGUGAAUGACGACUCACUUGAUAUUUGUAAGCUGGAAAACAAAGAACCCAAUGAGGACAAAAACUUUUACUUCAGGGUGUCAUAUUUACAGGAAAAGUAACUUGUCUACCUUUCUGUUGCCUAAGUGCCCACACUCCUACAAAGAGGAGGAAGUUUGAGAUCAACUAAUUUCUGGUUUGGCUGAAAUCUUACCUUUACUUAAUUUCUGAGUCACAAACAUAUUUUAUUUCUCUACUUGCAACAGCAAAAGAGGAAGGCUAAGUUUGAAAAACAUACCAAGUGA